AUGUUUAUAUCACUCUUCUCUCUCUUUAUUUAUUCACAACUAAUUACAUUCCCUCUCUUUCUAUUCUUUGCCUUUAUUCAUUUUCAUUCUAUUCCAUACCACAAUGUAAUUCCAGUGUCAUUAACUCUUCCUAUACAAAAUCUCACUCACUCACAUAGGGUAGUUAUUCUUUCUGAUCUUCAUCUUCAACAAAAUCAAACGACUUUUCAUCCCAAAUUAAUUAAACAAUCAAUUGAUAUAAUACUCCAGAGUAAUCCUGAACUAGUAAUUUUUCUUGGAGAUUAUAUCCAACUUGCUCAUGAAGAUAUUUUGCUUUUCAUCAAAUCAUUUGAGUUUAUUGCACACAAAUUUAAAGGUAUUGGAAUUAUCGGAAAUCAUGACAUUAAACUUCGACCACCAAAUGACAUUAUCAAAGCAUUACAAUCUAUUGGUAUUUCAAUAUUAUUAAAUGAGGAAUAUGUGUUUGACUGUUUCCAUUUCUUUGGAAUUGAUUAUUACACAAACAACUCCCAUUUACUUCUACCACAAAAUCAACAGAUUGUUUUAUUGUCACACACUCCAUCAGUGUUAAACGACACAAUCUUUUCAGAAUCAAAUGAAAAUAAUCAACAAAAUAUUCAUAUCAGUGCAAUAUUUUGUGGACAUACUCAUGGUGGGCAAGUCAAUAUUCCAUUUAUUGGUUCUCCGUUAUUGCUUUUCAAGGCAUGGAUGUUGAGGUGGUGGAAAAUUAUGUAUUUGCGAUUAUUGGAUUUACAAAAAUGGAAAGUUAUUUAUGGAUUAUAUCAUUUACAAUACAACAAAUCUUCAAUUCCAGUUUAUGUGACAUCUGGAAUAGGAAGUCAUUAUGGAUUUAAAGUGAAUUGUCCACCUGAGGUUGUUGUUGUUGAUUUAAUUCCAUAG